GGACCAAAGGCCACAUAUGUGCAACUAACCUUCUGCCCAUGUUUCUUUUCACAGAACUCCAUCCUCGGCUCGCUCCUUGGUACCAAAACGCACUGGAUACAUUGAAAGUUCAAAUGCAAACCGUCCUUGAUCGACUAUCCCCCGGAAAAGCGAAUCUCGAUGGUUGUGCGACUUGGGAGGAACGAAUCGCGCACACUUUCGCUGAGGUGCUCACUUUGCUGGCCCAGUUUGCCUCUCGUCUUACUUGCCUACGAGAGCUGAUAAUGGAUUUCACUCUCCAUGUUUCUCCGUUCGUUUCUGACGAGUGUUUAUCCUUCCUUUGCACUUUGGCCUCGAAUUCGGUUUACGGCGUACCUGAGUGGAGUCCAUAUCUACCAGGCUGGGUCAAGGUUGAUCGCCACUCGCGGCCAUUCAGUGAUCUUCAGUCCCUCUUUGGAUCCAUACCGGAUUCUGAAUUAGCUCGUUCCUCUUCGCACAUUGAACACUUCCGCUUCACAAGUUCACCGCAAACAUGGUUCUCAUCCUAUCCACCGUUGGAUCUUCGGCAACCAAUCGCAGAGACCUACAUUCUGCAAACAGUCCUCGGACAACCUAACCCGUUAGCAAGCCGUCCAGGACCGCAGCGUUUGUACGUGCAAUUGAGCAAUAAGCAUCAGGGUAAAACAUACGAUUGUUUAUCGCUUGCCGGUGCCUUCAGUCACGAUACGCAGUUCUUUUGAGGACCGCAAAGCCCCGUCCAGUGCUAUCGGACCCUUCCCAGAAUUCAUAAGGGAAGCGCAGUGUGUGGGUCCACCUUCUGUUUCCAGAUCCUUCAACCGGCUGUGUUCGUUCCCCCGCCUGUCAUACUUUCUGUGCCAAAGGUAUUCGACAACUUUUUGUCAUUUCUUUCCAGUAUUCUUAUUGACACAGGUAAUAAUUUUAAAAAAAUCUUUACAGCUACUGCACCUUUUAUUCAAAAGCUUGGGGCGUUGAAUUAACCCUUGGUUAACACGACCUGUCAGUUCUUGGACAGUUGAUGACAACAGCACUCAGACAGUAUAAUCCCAUGUGAAUUGCCACACUGGUUCCUUGGUUCAUUAACAUCAGUUUGGUUUGGUAUGAGUGGCCUCUUUUCUGUUGUCGAUUUCUCGAUUCGAAAUACUGUUUAUCGACAAAUGUGAGCAACUCUGUUGGUAUUUUUUCUAAGCCCUUUGCUCUACCUUGAAGACAAGACCGUUUACCUAGUGUUUAUUGCGUUUUGAGUGUCGAGAUCUUUUGCGACGAAACAACGACGGUUGAG